AUGCAACAAUUUGUAAAGCGAGCAAAGAGUAGGGAGAAUGGAAGGGAUGGCCAACUUGGUCAAAGAGGUGAAAAUGGUCAUACUGGAAGACACGGUGCUCACGGAUAUGGUCAUGGAGGGAAUGGCUAUCACGGAGAAAGAGGAGGCAAUGGAUUUAACGCAACCAAUGCUUGGCAUGGUGAGAAUGGUGAAGAUGCAAAACACGGCAAAGAUAUUCACAUUCUAUUGGAAGGUGAUGUCAUGUCAACUGUUGUUGUGAGUGGUGACUUUAGUUAUGGAGGAGGUGUUUGUGAGAUGGUUUGUGUAUCAGAGGGAGGAAAUGGUGGAAAGGGAGGCGAUGGUGGAGCUGGUGGUCAAGGUGGAAUAGGAGGUGCUGGUUCACAAGGUAAAAGAGGUGCACCAGGUCAAAAUGGAGAAAGAGGUGGAAAUGGUGGCAAUGGUGGAGAUGGUGGAGAUGGUGGCCAUGGAGGAAAUGGAGGAAAUGGUGGCAGAGGAGGAAAUGGUGGAAAUGGAGGAUCAGUCUAUAUUGACACCACCAAUCCAUAUUUAUUGAAUUAUAUUGAAGGAACGAGUAUUUCAGGAAGAGGAGGAUCUGGUGGUAGAGGUGGAAAUGGAGGAAUUGGUGGCAGUGGUGGAAGUCCUGGAGAGGGUGGACAUGCUGGAAAGGGAGGUGAUCCAGGUGAUCCAAUCACCAUUACUAGAACUCUUCCAGAUAAUAGAGUUCACACAGAAAUUAAGAGAUUUCAUCAUGGACCAGAUGGAUCAAAAGGUUACAGAGGAAAACAAGGAAAAUCUGGAACUAAUGGUCAAUCAGGACAAUCAGGACAACAAGGAACUGAUGGAGUUUGUGGAGCUGUCAUGUACAGAGUUCUUGAUCCAUUCACUAAAAUGGUCAUUGAACAAUCAGCUAAAAAGUACAAACUCAAAGUUAUUGAUUUUUCAUUUGUUCCAUUAAUUGAUGAUGGAAUUUUGGAACCAGGAGAACAAGCCAAGAUUACAAAUUUUGUAAUUAAGAAUGAAGGUGGAUUGACUGCUCCUGCAGGUGCUGAGGUUUCAUUGACUGGUGAUGGAUUUACUGUUUGUAAUAUUCCAAAAUUCAUUCUUCCACAACCAAUCGUGCCAGGUCAAGUAAUUACUAUCACUGAUCAGGAAUUUCUUGUCCGAGUUGAAGAAAGAAUGAAUAAGGAACCAAGAAAUUUUGGAUCUUUUGCUGCCAAUGUCAGAUUGAAUACUCCAACUAAAUAUUAUGAUAAGAAACAUGCUAAGGGAUGUGAGAAGAAUUUCACAGCAAGACUUCCAUUGGCAAUUGAAUAUGCCAACUGUACAAAGGCAAUGGAUAAACUUCAAAGAGGAAUAAUGAAGGUUGGUGUGAAGAAUUUGGCAACAUUACCUUAUGGAUCUAUGAGUCAAUCGAUGGUUUGUCAAGUUGGAUUGAAAAUUGAUUUUGAUCCAAGAAUGGUUGUUUUCCCAGAGUUGAUUCCUAAUGCAACAAUGGUUGAACCAACCAGUCUCUAUAUUGAAAUUCCAAAUUUAAUGGCUCUUUCAUGUUUGGAACAUAAUAUUGAGUUUGCAUUCACUGAUAGAGUUAAUUAUUUCGACACCUUGUACUAUUCCAUUUCUCUUAUUUAUAAGGGAGAACAAAUUGAAAAGCAUCUGAUGGAUGUGAGAAUGGCUCCUUCCUAUAUGCCUUCACCUCAAGGAGAAAAUACAUACGAUGUCAUUUUCUUUACUAAUUCUCAUAUUAAUAAUGUGGAAUUUAUGAAUUAUAUGAGAAUAUUUGAUGGAUUAGCAUUGAGAGUUAAUUUCUGGGAUAUUCAAAUUAAUCAAGGAUUGAGUUUCUUCAAUAAUGAUGGAAGAACCAGACAUCCAAUUACUUGGACCAAUGAUAAUCAAGGAAAGGUAAUUGUUUAUCCAAUGGCAAAUGAUAUGGAAUAUCAACUCAUGUUCUCCCAUGAUAUUGUCAAUAUUGUAAAGCCAAAUCCAGAAAACAAAUUAUUAGAAGGUGGAAUAAUUCUAGUUGGUAAUGUAACCAAUCAACAAUUUAUUGCCCAUUUGAGAACUGCUUCAACAGAAGUCAAAAUUCCAGACGAUUCCAUCUCUGACAGCUAUGUCAUUUCAAAGCCAGUUCGUGAUCAUUUAACUCAAAAAUCCAAUGAAUACAUUAAGAAGGUUGCAGUUACCAAACCAGCUCAGAAUUUAGUACUUGGCAGAACUGUUUUCAAUCCAAAGAAAAUUGGUUCAUUCAAAACGCUUUUAGGAGAAGCUUAUUAUUUGGAAUUUGGUUUGUUGGCCAAUGCCAAUUGUUAUGCCAUCAAUUCCAACUCUGCAAACUUCCUCUCACAACAAAGAUCAGCCACUCUGUCCACACUCUCCGGUGUAGGUCAAAUGACCAUGUCAAUCUUGUUGGCUCUUCCACUUCCAAAAUUGUUGUACAUUUUGAGAAAUCCAACAGAAUGGCUCAAGACAACAAGAUUUUACAAUGAGUACAAAUCUACUGAACAAGGAUAUUACGAAUUGAUUGCCUGUGCCUUGUAUUGUAAGAUUUAUCAUUCCAUUAUUUUGAAUAGCAAAUUGGAAGAGAAUUUGAAUUAUAUUUUACAAGAGUUUGAAAAGCAAACCUCCAAUUAUGAGAAGAAUCCUGAAAAGAUUGCCAUUUGUGAAGCUCUCUUGUUGGCUUUCCAUCAUUUGGGUUCUCAAAUCAAGUGGAAAGUUUCACUUUUUAAGAGCUUACCACAAAAAGAUUCGUUUGACAAGUUUAUGGAAUCAUUUUCACAAGUUUUAUCAAAGAUUAUUGGAGAUCCUAAUCAUGUUAAGAAUUUAAAGAAGAAUCUUCCAACUAUGAUUAAGGAUUUGGGAAGAGAAAAUUAUCUUCACAUUUUGGCAAGUAUUCACAGACUUGUCUAUGAUCAAUAUCAUAAGGCCAUUGAGGAUGAAAUAAGAUUGAAGGAAAAGACAGGUCUAUUCGCAUCAGUUUCGACUGAUUCUCCUGUUAAUUAUUUAGAUUAGUUUUAUAAAUUCCCAUUCCAAUUUUAUAGACGAAAGAAUUUCAUUGCAUUAUUUUACUUUCUCUUAUAAAGAAUCAUAAAGUUCUUUCUCAA